AUGAUUUUAUCUAUCUAUCUAUCUAUCUAUGAUUUUACAUAUCUAUUUUUCUAUGAUUUUAUCUAUCUAUCUAUCUAUCUAUCUAUCUAUCUAUCUAUGAUUUUACAUAUCUAUUUUUCUAUGAUUUUAUCUAUCUAUCUAUCUAUCUAUCUAUCUAUCUAUCUAUCUAUCUAUGAUUUUACAUAUCUAUUUUUCUAUGAUUUUAUCUAUCUAUCUAUCUAUCUAUCUAUCUAUCUAUCUAUCUAUGACUUCCCAUAUCUAUUUAGCUAUGAUUUUACAUAUCUAAUUAUCUAUUAUUUACAUAUAUUUUACAUAUCUAUCUACGUAUCUCUGAUUUUAUCUAUCUAUCUAUCUAUCUAUCUAUCUAUCUAUCUAUCUAUCUAUCUAUCUAUCUUUCUUGCUUAUAGUAAAAGUAUUUAUAUCAUUCUCUUUCUUUCUUUCUUUCUUUCUUUCUAUCUAUCUAACUUGCUCUAUAAUUUAUAUCAUUCUGUUUCUUUCUAUCUAUCUAUCUAUCUAUCUAUCUAUCUAUCUAUCUAUUUCAUUCUGUUCAUAUCUAUCUAUCUCUCUUCUCGCUCUGUAUUCCAGAGAACUUCAGGCUACAAGAGACAAUUGAAAUGCCGUAAUAUUCAAGAGAAAGAUAAUUUAUAUCAUUCUGUUUCUAUCUAUCUAUCUAUCUAUCUAUCUAUCUAUCUAUCUAUCUAUCAGAAGGCUUCCUAA